AUGGAUCUCUCCAGGAUGGACUUUAUCGCCGCCCCGACCAAGGAUCCACGAGCGACGAUCCAACAAGGUUCCAACGUGGUGGCUACAAUUCUGAACCCCGUAAUUGUAGCUGCCCUUGAAUGUCAACGCCUCGUGGGCGCAGCGGCCCUGUUCCUCUGUAUCCGAGGUCGUUGGCUAGCCCUUCAUAUGCUCUGCACAAGUCAGAUCGUCGCCAGCCAAGCCUACGUGUCGUCCCGUUUUGUCUGGCAACACUUAAGGCUUAUUCAAAGAGUGAUAUGGGAGGCCCGUGCUGUUCGGCGUCUGAGGAAGAAAAUUGCUUUCGAGUUCAUCACAUUGAUGCUUGGGUCGGGUGGUAAUUCCCUGUGUCUGGUAAUAUUUUGGCCGGGCUGGUGGGUGCUCGGUCUGAUUGUAUGGGGAGUGCAAUGGUAUAUUGGCUGA